GCGAGAAGAACUAUUCAAAGGUACAAACAGUUUUGUUCAGAAGACUUUUCUGGAAAUGAUGCUGCUAAUCGAGAGCAAAUAAGCCAGAUGGAGUCUCUUUACCAAGAUGUAACCAAGUUAAAAGCCAAACAUGAAUCCCUGGAAGUUUCACACAGGCACUUACUAGGAGAAGAUCUGGAGCAGUGUAGUUUGAAGAAAUUACAAUCUCUUGAGAAGCAGUUAUUGAGAACCCAAUCAAGGGCUAGACAAUUCAUGACAAAAAAGAUGCUGGAUCAAAUCAAAACAUUGCGCAAAAAGGUAAGGCAUUAUUCAAACACAUUUUUCUUAUAAAUAACUAGUAAGUAGUAAAUAUUGGUCAACCAAAACACCAUAUUUAAGCAUCAGAUCUGUAGCGCAUUCCCGCCUUUUGGCUUUUACUCUAGUCCCGAAAUUUAUCUAUAGUUUUCAAGAAAAAGGAAAAAUAAAGAGAAAUAGUUGGGAUCACUAUCCGAGUUAAUGCCGAGUCACAUGUAAAACAAUACAAACACGUCCCAAAAAAAAUUAAUCCCGAGUCACCGGGUUCUGAGUUCACCCAAUUGAGCUGGGUUGGAUCUUAAAACAAUGUUGUGUUGCUAAACAAUUCGCAUAGGGCAAAUUGUGUUGUGGUCUACUAAUCGGACGUAUUAAUUAAACAAAAUUCACGAUCAUGAACUACGUUAAG